AUGUCUGUAGACAAAGAAGAAUUGGUGCAAAAAGCAAAGCUUGCAGAACAAGCUGAAAGAUACGAUGAUAUGGCAGCAGCCAUGAAACAAGUAACAGAAACCGGAUUGGAAUUAACCAAUGAAGAAAGAAAUUUAUUGUCUGUUGCUUAUAAAAAUGUUGUCGGAGCACGCAGAUCAUCAUGGAGAGUUAUAUCUUCGAUCGAACAAAAAACAGAAGGCUCGGAGAGAAAACAACAGAUGGCAAAAGAAUAUAGAGAAAAGGUUGAAAAGGAGCUUAGGGAAAUCUGCUAUGAUGUAAUGGAUUUACUCGAUAAAUAUUUGAUUCGAAAAGCGAGCAACGCUGAAAGCAAAGUUUUCUACCUUAAAAUGAAAGGAGAUUAUUAUAGGUAUUUGGCAGAAGUGGCCACAGGAGCAAACCGAAUAACCGUUAUGGAAGACAGUCAGAAGGCUUAUCAAGACGCGUUUGAAAUAUCUAAAGAAAAAAUGCAACCAACGCACCCCAUCAGACUUGGUCUCGCACUCAAUUUCUCCGUCUUUUACUAUGAGAUCCUUAACUCGCCAGAUAAAGCUUGUCGUCGAAUCGUACCUGAGAGGAAAUCAAAAAUCCUCGGGGAAUUGGACACCUUAAAUGAAGAGAGUUAUAAAGAUUCCACGCUAAUUAUGCAGCUCCUCAGGGACAAUCUAACGUUGUGGACGUCGGAUACGCAAGGAGACGGCGAUGAGCCACAAGAGGGAGGCGACAACUAA